CAGCACGCCAGUGGAAGCGCUGCGGACGGUCAGUUUUGCAUUUGCAUUUUAUUUCACAGGAAUCUGAAUUUUAUUUGCACGAUAAAAAAAAAAUAAUAAUAACGCGAGAGUUUGCAAGUUGCCUUUCGACUGUACAACUGUCAAAGGUAGAGAGUGGAAUCGCGCAUGACCCAACACAUUACUGUAGUACUGUACACGGACUCGGGAGAUAAUAUCUAUUAAAAAAAAAUUACAGAGCAGGAGCCCCACGAGUGACUGCUGCCCAUGACGAGUGCUGGUUAAGGAUCAGUCUCCCGAGACAGCAGGUGUGUGAUUGCCAUGUAACAUAAAAGGCAACUCGCAGAGUGCACAGCGGUGACCCCACGUGGCGACCCGGGCCACCCGGCCACUCGUGUUGGUGUGGGGAGGGUGAUUCCAACACGCCAGGUAUGGCUGACUCCAGUAAGAGCACAGCACGCAGUGGGGGUCGAAGUCGGCCCGCCUCAGAAGAGACUGCCAAAAAAACAGCUGCCACUGGCAACAAGCAUGGUGGAGCAGCUGUUGAGAAGAUAGAAGGCAAGAAAAAAGGACGCCCCAGAGCUGACAAUCAGGAGCUUAGGAACAUACCUGCAAUCAUGGUGACUCAGUGGAAAGAAGAGUUUAAGAAUCACUCUCGAGUAAAAUGCCCCAGCUCUGGGUGCUGGCUAGAAUUUCCAAGUGUCUAUGGAUUAAAGUACCAUUAUCAGCGUUGCCAGGGGGCUACAAUAUCAGAGAAACUGAACCACCAGUGUCCUUAUUGUGAAGCUGCAUUUGCAUCUAAAACCCGUGUGGAGAAGCACAAGGCGUGGAAUCACGCUGAUAGAGUCUCACAAGAACCAACAGCUGGCAAUGAAGCAGACAAUGAAGUGCAGAAAACGCCAGUCAAGGGGAGUGCUAAGAAAAGAGCUGCGGAAAGUUCUGACACUUCCCCAAUCAGAAGCAAAGUAAAGAAGACGCGGGAGGUGUUCCAGCACUCUCAGAACGGAGAGUAUGUCCCACAGAAAGCAGGCAGGAAACACCAGCAGGGUGCGGCCUCCGAGGCUUCUCCCACGACUCCCGGAGGCAGCGAGGGCGAGGCGGGAAGCUUCCCUGAGGAGGACCCAGAACGAACAAGGCACAGAAGGAAACAGAGAACCCCAAAGAAGUUCACCGGGGAGCAGCCUUCCAUUUCAGGAACAUUCGGCAUGAAAGGUUUGACCAAAUCAGAAGAGAAGGUAAAGUCUGGGCGAGGAAAGAAGGUUGUAGGAAACGAUUGUAAUAAAGAGCCGAAGAGGAAAGCACAGGGUGCGAACCUUCGCAAGGACCCUGUCUCCUAUUCCCCAGGGAGCAAGGAGGAGAGGUGGCAGCAGGUUAUCACGGAGAAGGGAGAGGUUGUCUGUCCGACUUGUUCUCUCAUCUCUAGGAAAACUGUCCCUGGACUCAAGAAACACAUGGAGAUCUGCCUGAAGCUGCAGGAUGCCCUGAAGUGUCAAGACUGUCAAAAGCAGUUCAAGUCCAAAGCGGGCUUGAAUUACCACACAAUGGCAGAACACAUUAACAAGCCCAGUGCACAUAAAGACAGCUUUCCAGACGAACAGGAAGAACGGGACAGACUACGGAAGGUUCUCAAACAAAUGGGCAAGCUGAAAUGUCCUAAUGAGGGCUGCACAGCCACCUUUUCCAGUCUGAUGGGCUACCAGUAUCACCAGAAGCGCUGCGGAAAAGACCCUUCCGACAUAGAGAAGCAUAUCUUUGUCUGUAAACACUGCAGGAAAAACUACAAAUCCAAGGCUGGCCACGACUACCACAUCCGCUCCGAGCACAGCACUAGUCCGAAGCAGUCGGAGCAGGUUGCUGCAAGGGAGGAGGAGGAGGAGGAGGAGAUAGAGGACUUCGAGAGGACCCCCAGUGGCAGAGUGCGCCGCAGGUCUGCCCAGGUCGCUGUCUUCCAUCUGCAGGAGAUCGCAGAGGAUGAGCUGGCCAAGGACUGGAACAAGCGCAAGAUGAAGGACGACCUGGUCCCUGAUAUCAAGAGACUUAACUACACUCGCCCUGGGCUUCCGAAAUUUAACCCCAAAGUGCUGGAUAACUGGAAGAAAGAAGUCAAGGAGAAAGGGUUCAUCUUCUGUGUGAAUAAUCACUGUGAAGCAGUCUACUCAAGUGUUUCAGGUCUAAAAGCCCAUUUAGCCAACUGUAACAAGGGAGGCGGCUCUGUUGGGAAGUACAGGUGUCUGCUGUGCCAGAAGGAGUUCAGCUCUGAGAGUGGAGUUAAAUACCACAUCGGCAAGACCCAUUCGGUGAACUGGUUCCGGACUUCAAACCCGGUCUCUCCAAAUGGCAAAAGGAAAGAACUCAACAAUGUAAAGAAAGACGGAAAGAACAGCACAACCGGAAAGAAGAGGGGGAGGAAACCUAAAGAAAGGCCCCCAGAGCCUCUGCAAAAAGACACGGAAAAGGCUGAAUCAAAGACUAGCUCCACAAAUGCAACAGAUACCACGGCUUCAGCUGCAAACAAAAUCACCGGAGACCAGAGAAAAGAAACAAAACCACCUGCGAAGAAAAGGGGGCGAGCCAAGAAAGUGCAGAAUAAACCUUAAAAAGAAAGACACCUUUCAUAGCGCUUUGGCUGGGAUUUUGAAGGAAAAUGUUUAAAAAUAUACAAUAAAAAAAUCAGGCUGUACAGUAAAUAGAUACAACCUGAAGAUGAAUUCCUGUAUUUAGGUUUAUUCUGCCCUGGGGAGGGUUAUUCAUAUAUAUAUAAUGAUACAGUAUAGGCAGUUACAGUUUAAGGCAUCCGUCCAGUUUUUAGGUUAUUUUUGCGAUCCCCCUGUUAUAUAAAGUCUAUUUGUUUUUUUUAAUAUUAUUCUUAACCACUAGUGUUUUUCUGACUUGUAUGUAGGCUUGUGUUUAAGGAAGGUGUUAAAAUGAGCUGUAAACUACAGUAUUUAUUGAUCUCAUUCUGGUUAAUUUCUGACCACAGGGUUUGCUGUAUCAAUAGGGUCCAUACCU